UGCAUCGUCCUCCUUUCCUUGCUUCUUUCUCCUUCUUACUCCCUGUCACUCACAUUGACAAUGUCAGCCGAGAGCCCCGGCGAGAAGAAAAAUGGCAUCCGGGCCUUCUUUGCCCACGCCCUCCGGCCCAAGAAAUCCCGCCAGGUUCUCCGCAAGGGCAAUAGCGCCUCAACGCCGGAUCUACGAGAGGCAGCCGGCCUGCACCGACCCAGCACCACGAGCGAAGAUGUGCCACCACUGCCUUCCCUCGCGCCAUUGGAGGCCCAUCGGCUGAAAUACCGGGGGCUCAACGCCAACAAAGACUCUCAGCUCGGUGAAAACCGCGACCAUACCGCCAUCCUCCACACAAUCGGCGACCAGGACUUCAACCGCUACGACCCCUAUGGCCUCGAAGGCGAAUAUGACAACCGGUCCCCCGGCGAGCCGCACAUCGCCAGUCUACCCUCACAAUUCUGGGUACACUUCGCAACAAACUAUCUCACCCCGGCAGACACGGCCAGCUUGGCCUUCUCCAGCAAAACCCUUCACCAACGCCUCGAACCGCUGGACCCGUUCCACGCCCUCUCCCUCCCCUCCAACCACACCCAGCGCAUCAACUUCCUGACCACCCAAGACCGCCACCUCCCCGACCACCUCCUCUGCAUCCCCUGCGCCCGCUUCCACCGUCGAACGCAACCGGGCCACGAGAAGCUCCAACCCGCCGACACCCUUAACCCACUCUUCAACUGCCCGGAAGCGCGCAACCCGCUCAACCCGCCGCCGCGGCACCGCAUCACCCACAACCGCACCCUCCCCUACACCUUCGUGCAGCUCGCGAUGCGAGCGCACCGCUUCAGCCCGGAGUACGGCAUCCCGUUCGCAGCGCUGUCGCGGCGCUGGCGCCGCACGGAGUGGUCGCACCAGACGCGGUUCCAGGUCCACAACAACCACCUCCUGAUGCGGGUGACAUCUACCCGGUUCGCGGACCCGGGGCUGCCGCCGUCCACCGUGCGGCUCCUGCUCUACUCGCGCGAGGACUACGUGCCCUACUUCUCCGUCUGCGCCCACUGGCGCGACGGCAACCUGAUGGCCGCCUGCAAGUGCGCGCUCUCGCACAUCCCCGUGCCGCGCGAGACGGCCGCCCUGCAAGGGCUCGAGCACCGCGCCAAGGACCUCAUGCACCGCCGCGUCUACAACCCCAACGCCCUCACCACCCUCUGCGGCAAGUGCCGCCCCAUGCGCCGCUGCCCCGAGUGUCCCUCCGAGUACCUUAUCGAGGUCAAGCUGACUGAGGACCGGUCCGAGGGCGCGCACAACCUGCGGUUCCGGCAUGCCAUCGUCGUCACCCGCUGGUGUGAUCUGGGCGAUGGCACGGCGCCCUCGCGGUCCCGCGAGUGGGCCGCGUGCUGCGGGGUCGAUGGGUCCGCCGGGGAUCAGGGGAAGACUCAUCAAAGUCCAGGGAGGAUUCUGGCCGAGGGCCCAGCGGGGGAGGGGGCUGUUGACGGUGAUGGGGACAGCCUUGCAGAUAGCAAUAUCAACGAGGGGGGCAGCAGUGGCAUCAGUGGCAGAGUCUACGACUCCUUCAAGGAGAUCGGCAAGCGGUCCAUCUCCGGCACCUUUGAGAGUAUGAUCACCGAUGAUACCCUUCCGGGCCAGCGGAUCAUUUCAAUGAACCCGUCCGGCAAGAAGUUGGGCGAGGAGGGGAAUUCCUGGUAUUGAAUCUUCUGUUUCGUCUCACUAUCCGUCUCACUGUAACGACUCCCCUCCUCUGUGAGGGUUUGUGGUGGUUGGCCGGUGGUGGAUCAGGCAGGGUGUUUUUGUGGUCUUAAGUCUGGGAUAGGGCGUAUGCGUCUCCGGGGUAUGGAGUUGGUGUGAUUGCUUGGUUGGUUUGGAGUACUUGCAUUGUUCUCGCAAGGGUGCGAUAUCGUUAUAGACUGGCCUUAAUUAGGGCGACAAUUUGAUAGGCCUAGCCUUUACCAUAGUUUAUCAUGGAUGUCUGGUGGAAUAGCCUAAUCUAAACUACUAAGAUCGC